GAAAAAAAACAACAUGGCGGCUGGCAGUAGUCCUUCUUCUUCGUCUUCAAAUUCAGACACAAGUCAACAAGUUGACCGAAUAGCUCUCUUAUAUCCUAAAGUUAAUGAAUCAGAGACCCCUCUACCUCGAUCAUGGUCUCCUAAAGACAAAUUCACUUUUAUAGGGCUUUCACAGAAUAAUCUUAGGGUGCAUUACAAAGGUGUUGGAAAGACACACAAAGACGCGGCCUCGGUUAGGGCUACGCAUUCGAUUCCAGCGGCCUGCGGUAUUUAUUAUUUUGAAGUCAGAAUUGUUAGCAAAGGACGCGAUGGCUAUAUGGGUAUUGGAUUAUCUGCACAAGGAGUCAACAUGAAUAGAUUACCAGGUUGGGAAAAGAAUUCAUAUGGUUACCACGGAGAUGAUGGGCACUCCUUCUGCUCAUCCGGAACAGGAAAACCUUAUGGUCCAACCUUCACAACAGGAGAUGUCAUUGGCUGUGGCAUUAAUCUGAUUGAUAACACAUGUUUUUACACAAAAAAUGGAGUUAAUCUUGGAAUUGCUUUCUCAGACCUACCUGCAAACUUAUACCCAACAGUUGGUCUUCAAACACCAGGAGAGGUAGUAGAUGCAAAUUUUGGGCAGCAGCCUUUUGUCUAUGACAUAGAAGAAGUCAUGAAGGAAGUUCAUGCUCGGACAAGGCAUACAAUACAGACAUUCCCUUUCACAGACAAAGAGGGCCUAUGGCAGACAACACUGCAAAAGAUUGUAUCAACGUACUUGGUUCAUCAUGGCUACUGUGCUACUGCUGAGGCUUUUGCUAAGAGUACUGGACAGUCAUUUACAGAGGAACUGGCUUCAAUCAAGAACAGACAAAGAAUACAAAAGUUAGUUCUGGCUGGCAGAAUUGGGGAAGCUAUCGAAACAACACAAACAUUAUACCCAGGACUCCUAGAAAGAAAUCCAAACUUGCUUUUCCUUUUAAAAUGCCGGCAAUUUGUGGAAAUGGUUAGUGGAUGUGACAGUGAUGUACGACCUGCAGCCCAUAGUCCUAGAUCUAGUCCUAAUGUCAGCCCUUCACACUCAUAUAGUGCAGCAUCAAUUGGAAGUGUUGUAAGUAGUUCUCCUUCAGCCACCAACGGCUUUGUUGCAAAUGGCACAUGUAUAGACAAUGGAUUUGAAGCUGAUAAUGUACAAAUGGAAGUUGAGGAAUUUGAAGAAACAUCAAGCAAUGGUGUAGUGAAUGGAACAGAAAAAAUGGAUGAGAGUGAUCAUAGUCCUAGCAGAGAUUCCACUGGCAGACAAAAUUUUUGUCAAAAUAGAACUGUGCUUGAAAAGAUUUUAGCUUUUGGAAGAGAUUUACAAACUAUGAGUGUACAAUUGAGGAGAGAACAUGGAAAAAAUGAGACAAAUAAGAAGACUCUUCAGGAAGCAUUUAGUCUUUUGGCUUACACAGAUCCUUGGAGCAGUCCCGUGGGGUAUAUUUUAGAUCCUGUACAGAGGGAAUCAAUAUGUUCAUCUUUAAAUAGUGCUAUCUUAGAUUCUCAUCACUUGCCCACAAAACCCCCUUUGGACUUAAUUCUGGGACAGGCUCAAGAAUGUUUGAAACUCAUGUCAAAGAUCGGACUAGGAGCAUGUGCAUUUGCUAGUGUUGAAGAGUACAUGUAACAUACAAAUGUGGGGCAAAUGUUUGGUUAAUCUGUGGAUGAAAGUACAAUGUUUUAUAAAAGCUUAAAAUGACUCAACAUAAAAAGUCAUUGUACGCAGUGUAAACAUAUCAACAAAUGCAUUACUUACCGGUACUUAAGUUUUUAUCAAAAUGGUGGUUAUGAAUUUACAUGUAGGCAGCAUUUUCUCUGAAUCUUAUAGUCUUUUAUGAGUAGAACCAAAAAAUUACAUUGCGUGGUAUCAAUAAUCUUUUCACACCCACAUCCAAAGACACUUGUAUUGUCUAAAUUAGAUAUUACAAUUUUUACAGAAAGACUCAUAGUAGGCAACCAAGACAGUUUUCAUUUCCAAGACUGUUAACAGAAAUCCUCAGAAUUGCUUUGAGAUUGUCUCCAGAAGUUCACACCACUAACUCAACCAAUCAUUCACUGAUAGAGUAAAUUGUGACUUAUGUACUCUCCUUUUGAUAUUUUCCUCUGCCUUUCUUACCAGAAAUGGUAUCUUAAACUGCUAGACUGUUAUUGCACUGCUAUACUGUUAACCUACAUGUACAUCCAAUUCCUUAUUUUUGGGUUAUUAAGGGGUAAAAGAACCUGAAACAUUGUUUGAAUUUGUAAUUUGCUAUAGGGGUUUAUUUUAUUUUUUGAAAUAUUGUAAAAAUUCUGUAAUAACUUGACAGAUACACAGUCCUGUAUAUUAGUCUUGUUUUUUUGGGGGUUAGUUUUGCAUUGCACAUCUUGCAAAUUGUCAUUAUUUUUGUAAAGUUUAUCAUGAAAAUUAUUUGGAGUUAAUUAGAGGGUUUGUGCAGGACAGCAAUAGGGUCAUGCACGGUUGAUGUCAAAGGGUACAAGUUCUACAAUAGGAAAACCAUGAACAUCUGCUUUCUGAUAUUCUUUUUCCCUCUAAAUGACUGAUUUAGCAUUAAAUUGCUAUUAGUUUGUAUUACAGGAGUGUAGAGUGACAUAUUGUUCUCUAGUUCUGCAUUGUUUUAGAGUAUAAAUCUACUUCUCUAAUCAUGGCACACCCUCAAGAUGGUUGCCUAAACAGCUCAACACAGUUCUUUACUGGCUAAUAGCCGGAUUUGUCACUCAAACCUUCAUUGCAUUUGUAAUGCAGACUAAAUCCAGAUGCAUAUUAAUCAGAGGUAUUCUCUACUAUUAAAUAUCUUUCCCUUUUGUCUUUUUGUUGGUGAGUUUUUACAGAAAAAUCUGUUUGACAAUCAAGAAAAGCAAUUUUGAACUAUAUACUGUAUAUUACUUUUGAUUAGUGUAGGGGCUAGGUUCUGUUUUCAUAAGUGUGUAAAUAAACUAUAUAGAUUUUA